AUGGGGGGGCCAUCUCGCCAAAUGCAGCUCAACAUCCAAGACGACCACUCCCUCUCCUACAGCGCCCCCAGCUCAUCCACCACUCCCAACCGCGUCGGCAAUCCAUCCUCCUCCUCCUCACGCUCUUUCGACGUCUGGGGCUUCCCCAACGAUCCCUCGACUCAGACCGGGCGGCGGAUUGCCUCCCGUAUCGUUUAUCGUGAUGCCAGGGAUCUAGUCGAUGGUACGGAUCUCGUGGCGUCGAGAACGGCAGAGAGCGUUGCCUCUUCCGCGAGCGACGACGAAGGGCCAAAGCUCUUGGAAGGCCGUCAGAGCGGAGAGGAGUCGAAUGAUAGCGAGGUGGAUACUGCGAGUUCGCGGAAGAAGGGCAAGGGAAAGGCAGAGGUACGUCAUGACUUGGGGGGAUGGCUGAAGCGACGAGCAUCCAGGGGCUCAUCUCCUGACUCGGCUCGAAGCAGACUCCACCGUCAAGAUCAAGUCCUCAACGCCGGAAACGAGUCAUCGAAUCGCCCUACGACGAAGACGACGACGAUAACGAGUCAGAUCCACCACCUCCCCCUUCUACGACACAACGACCACCCCGCUCCCCCCGAAAAGCCGACCUCGGUGCGGAAGGUAGCAGAGGACGAUCACGAAGCGCUUCCCUUUUCGACUGCGUAUGGGUCGACAACUCUCGCCUCUCGUCGCCGAAGAAAUCCAGUAUUGCUUCGUCACCCACGAAAACGCCGAGAUCGGUCAUGGCCUCGCCGAGCAAAAAGGGUCCGCCGCUUGAGACUUUGGUGCUGUCCAGUUCGGGAUCGGAUACCGAGGAUCCGGAAGAAGAAGACGACGACAAUGAUGAAGAGGAGCACAAUCCAAGACGAUCCCGAUCCAAGCGUGAUGCGUACCUCUUUGACUCUGAGGCCGAGGAAGCGAGCGAGAGUUCUUCUGGAAGCUCGGAAGCGGUGCUCAAGAGUCGACCUACGCCCAAAGCUCGUUCGCAGUCGUCGUCAAACAAGAAGAGGGUCGUCGAAUCUGAGUCUGGCACUGAAUCAGAAACGGAGGAAGAGAACGUUCUGCCUCGAUCUUCUAGCAAAAGUGCUCGUCGUACUCAAACCAAGGCUACGGCGUCGUCUCGCAAACGCCCGGCGUCAACGAGCUCGUCAGAGAUCAGUGAAGAGUCUGUGGGUCAUCGACGCAUCAUCACCUCGGUACCUCAACCCAAGAAGCAGAAAGUGCUCUCUACCAGGUCUCCUCGUCGUCGUCGGAUUCCUUCGACUACUCCACCCUCGAAACGCAAGAGCGUCAAGGAGGUGGCCAAGAAGAGGGAGAGGAAGCGGUCCGACGACGAAGAGAGUGAGAAUGAGAGUGAUGAGGCUUUUAUCGUCGAUGACGAUGACGAUGACGAUGACGAUGACGAUGACGAGCCUGUUCGGUCUUCGUCUGGGAAGAAGAGUGGUCGAGGCUCUCCAAAGAGGGAAAAAGCGAAGAAGGGAUCCACACGAGCCUCGACCCCUUCGUCGGGUUCUGAGAGUAAAUCGGAGGGUGACGACAACGGCGGCUCACAGCAACAAGACGACGACGGGACCAAUUCGGAAGACGAGGACGAUCUCGAGCUCAGUGGUGAAGAAAUGAUGCUUCCGGACGAUGCACGAAGAGGAAGUAACAAGAUCAGCAAAUUUGCCAAAUUGAGAGCGGAGCGAGAGCGUGAGUCCUCCAGGAUGAUUUCCUUGAGAUCAUCUAACUGACAGCUAACGUUGGAUUGACAACAGAGAAACGGUACGAGAAAGUGCGGCGAAAACGCAGGGUCGUCGACUCGGACAAUGACCAGCCGGCGUCGACGCACCAUGCCGCACGAUCUUACCUGGGAGCUUCCGAGGAGGAAGAUGCUCAAGAUAAAGACGAAGACACGGACGAAGACGAGGAUGAUUCUACUCAGAACGGUCAGACCACGGACCUGGAUGCGGAUGUUCCCGGCUUCAUCGUCGACGAAGACGAGGACGACCAAAGUGAGACGGACCGAGCGCUCGUGCAAGACAUUCGACGCCGAACGCUUGGCAAGUCCCAGGGUCCGAUGUAUCAUUUCAAGGUGAGUCCACCUUGAUGGUGUGUGGGGUCUGUUGUUUGAUCGAGCUAACCCGCUCCAGCCUGAUAUACUCACAAGGUCUUUCUGUCAUGGAUUGUACGAUCCAUCAUCGCCCCCGAGAUCGAUUGGUUCGCCGACGAGGAGAUGCUCGAGGCGCACACCAAAGUGCACGAGAUUUAUCGCGACCACCUCAACUCCCUUCUCGGGUCCUCGGCAUGGACACCCAUUUUCCGCGCAGCGAUCAGGAUUCGCCCCACCUUCAUCCUGCACGAGAUUGACGAUGCUCUACGAGCGACGUCUUGCGAUGCUUGUGUGAUGGGUCGUCAUCGCGCGUCCAUCUUCCGUGCCGAACUCUCAGGUGAAGCGUACGACCACAAAACGCUCUCUCCCUUGAACCGCAAAGCGCGUAAACAACUCGUGCACCAACUCGCAUUGGAAAAUGACAACCACAGCGAAAAGGCCCUCAAGUUGCUUGUCGAUGCUUCCCAAACGCUCGAUUUUAAUCUCGGCAAGUUUUGCGCUUCGAGGUCGCAGACAUAUCACGAGUUACAUCAUAGACCGUAUUCGGUGAGGAAGGAGUUAGUGGAUGCGUUGAGGGAGGUGAGGAGGGAGGUGGAUGGGAUUGAAGAAGGGGAGGGGGGAGAGAGAGGUAGGAAGGAUGAGUGGGAACGAAGAAUUGGGAGAGAGGCGGAGAGAUGCGUGCAGGUGUUGGAGGAGCAGAAGGUCACGACUAGGGUGAGUGCGUGGCCUUUUUCUGGGUUCAGGCGUGGGGUGGCCAUUGAAACGCUGACUGAACUUUGUUUGCUACCGAUAGCUCGCCAAGUCGAUGCAGGACGAACUGGCAACGGCGACAAGACUGUUUGCUACGUCAGGCUAG